AACUUUAUUAAACUGUGAUGGUGGAUUGAUAAAGGCCCAAUUUCUAUCGGCCGCUUUUUAUUGUGGGCAGCAGGCGGGCUGACAGAGGUAAAUUGCUCUUUUAAUUAAAGCAAUGCAGCAGAGGAAAUUGCUGUCUGAAUAUUGUCUCAGAGAUGGGGGCCAGUGACAGUUGCCUGGAAACUUCAAUCUGUCCACUCGCAUUUAUUCCAGAUCCCAGUUAUGAGAUAAAGUUUAAUAAAAAUCUUUUCCUCCUCCACCAACCAAAUGAAAUCCAAGCCUUUUGUGAAGAAGUGAACACAAUGAGAAGGGACUGCGGUGGGAAGCUGAUGUUCAACAUGUAUCUCUCAGAUCCAACAGAAAAUCUGUUGAAAGACAACAAAGGGACAUCUUGGGGUCCAUUAAACACCGGGGCGCAGAAAGGCAGCGGCCAGAUCCAGUUGUGGCAGUUCCUGCUGGAGCUGCUGUCGGACAGCAGCAACAUGUCGUGCAUCGCCUGGGAGGGAACCAACGGGGAAUUCAAGCUCAUCGACCCGGACGAGGUGGCCCGGCGGUGGGGGGAACGCAAGAGCAAACCCAACAUGAACUACGACAAACUGAGCCGAGCUUUGCGUUACUAUUACGACAAGAACAUCAUGACGAAGGUCCACGGGAAACGAUACGCCUACAAGUUCGAUUUCCACGGCUUGGCUCAAGUGUGCCAGCCGUCCAGCACAGAGCAGACCAUCUACAAGUUCCAGGGGAACUUCUCCCCUCUUCCUUUCUCCGGGAUUUCCAAACUGAACCUGGUCGCUCCCGGGGUCGGGCCAUCGGGGUUCUCCUACUGGCCCGGGUCGCCGUCGGCAGCUCUGUACCACAGCCACAACCUCCAGGCUGCCGGGCCUUUCGGCACCGUGUCUCCGAGCCACAUUAGCUGCGUCAACAACAUCAACACUUUGAGCAACAUCAAUAAUCAUUACAACUGACUCUCAUCCAUAAGCACCAUACAGCGUCAAGGUGGGGAGAUGUUAAAGUAUCGCAGGUAAAAAUAAGCAUUUUAUUUUUAAAAGUGGCAUCACACUAGUCCAAAGCAUAUGCAUAAUUAGACACAGUCAUUAGGUAUUUAUGAUAAACGCCCUAUUUUAAUUUGAGUCGUUUGUUUAAAGAUAUACCAUAAAAUCUAAAAGGGCAAUAACAUUUGUAUUUCAUACCGGCAUCUGUUAGGUUUUCAUAUUUGUUUUUUAGUGGAGUGAUGGCGCCCUCUUGUGGUCAUUCUGCCUUAAUAAAGGCCUUAUAUUGGCCACGGCAUUAGGCACACUUAUAAAUUCUAAUGAAAGCCAGUCCUUGAGUUACAUAAUUAAAGUGACACUGUCAUACAAUGCAUUUCAUUAAAUGUAACAUGAAUGGAAAACUGAAGUCAAAGCGGAAUUUCUCCAAUUGGAUCGUAUUAGAUUGAGCCGGUACAAUGGCGGAACCAGACAUUUUUAAUUGGGGUGACCAAUGUGAGCGCAUUACUCACAUAGAGUUGGAAAUAAGAUGAUACCCGAAAUGUCUGAUAUCCGCAGGUUCAGGUGUACCUAAUGUUGUGACUAGUGAACAUAUAUGAUUUAAUAUUGUACCCGGUAGGUGAUUAUGCUAAAUUUGAGAGAAGCUCAGGUGUUUUUUUUGUGAUUUAGAUUUAUUGAAUGGAUUAAAAGAACAACACAAUUAAAAGAAAACUGUGUCGAAAAAUGUCUGGAAAUGACCGCUCACAUUGACAUCAAUUUAAUAGAGGUGCAAUGACUACUUUAAACCACUUAAGGGCGCUGUAACCACGCACGAGGAGGAACACCUCUUACGUAACACGGACAAGUUAACAGGACACAUACAGUGUAGACUUAUUUGUAAAUAACAGAUUAACCUCAAAGCUUGUCCACAGAGAUUUAAGGUGAACCGACGAGUGAUUCACAUUCACUUUUAUUCUGUUUCAUUUUACUUUUUACACUUGAUUUACAACCAGGAUGCUAUUUUGUUGUUUAAUAUGUGCUUUUUAUGAUCAUCAUCCUAUUAUCCUUCUAUACUAGAAUUAACAAAAAAUAUGAAUGCAACAUCUUUUUUUUGCUCCCAUUUUUCACGAACUGCACUGAAAGAUUUUCCUAUGAAAAAAUGAUGAUUACAAGGAUGCUUGGUUGGCCACAAUAAAAGGCCACUCUGAAA